GGGCCCGGCUAGAAACGUGCUCCGAGGUACGUGGGAGGGAGUUCGGCGUCUCAAAGAGCAGUGCUCAGAUAUACGGGGAAUAUUCUGGCUUCCAAGUCCCCGCUUUAAAUUCCCCCCUCCGUGCGAGUCUCAGGAACUCCAGUAAAAAGAGAGAGAGAGGGAGGGAGGCUGCGCCUGGGUCCUGCUCCCUUGUGCAGACUGCUGUAGACUGGGAAAGACAGAAAUCAGAACAGAAACGACCCUCCGGGAGUCCUCGCAACUGUCCCACCGCUUCUUUAACCUGCAUCUCCGGAGACCCUCUGACAUUUACGUGUAUCUCUGACUUGGAUUACCUGGAGGGAGAAUUCCAGACAAGCUAACCCCUCUACAUCUCCUCCAGAAAGCACAAUUUGGAGUUAAAACUGUGAGAUAAACGGUUUGCAGCAAUUUCUGAUCCUCCAAUGGGAAACAGAUUCACGCAUGGCAGCUCAAGAAAUGUAAUCGCAGAGAACCAUGAAGUUUUGGAUAUGGGGAUAUCAGGACUUUUUGCACUCCUGGUGAUGUUACUCGGUUAUAUAAAGCCAGCAAAGUCGACUCCACUCCACCCCAUCUGUGACAUCAGAGUGCUGGACAAGUACAUUAGAGAGGCAAAGGAUGCUGCAGAUUCAACGAAACAGUGUGAGGAAGCCUGCACCCUCCCAGGAAACUUCACUCUUCCAAAAACCAAUGUCAACUACAGAGAAUGGGAAACAAAAGACUCAGGAACGAAAGCUGAGGAGGUUCAGACGGGCCUCAAGCUGCUCGCAGUUGCAGUCCAGAAGGCCCAGAAUAUGACAGUCAACAGCAACAUGCUAUAUCUAAUAGAGAGAAGCUACAGUAAUAUCCGAAGCAUCACGCAGAUGGUGAGGAGUUUGAGUACCCCGGAUAUCCUAAAUCGGGAACGGGAGCUGCAGACCACUUUUAACACGAGAACACUGAGAACCAUUUUUCACGCAUAUUUAAAUUUCCUACAAGGUAAAGUCAGACUGUUUUUCCUGGACACAGAAGCUUGCAAUCUGGCGACAAGCUGACAGCCCCAGCUGAACACCAGCAGACUCUCAAAGAGCUUCCGAAACAGAUUAUAAGCUGUAACCUUUGCAUUCUAAGCACAACACUGUAUAGCACCAAAAAGGAGCGUAGAGGGAAGGAACAAAGAUAAUAGGGAAAAGAAGAAGAUGGUCUGGUUCAUUUGGAAUAUAAUGUUCGGAAGAGGAGCUGAAUAUCCAAUGGUAUACUGCCUGGAUAACUCAGCCAUGGAGACUGUGGUAAUCGGGAUAGAAGCACUCACAAAUUUUUGAACUCGAGAGAGAGAGAAAGAGAAAAUACGACACCUAAGGAGCCAUUUUGAGUAUGACAGAUCUACAGCAGAAAGUGUCUUUUUAUUGAUGGUGUCGCUCGCUGUUGACGGCAUUGUUUUAUAGAGUUCUGUGCAGACUGGACACGCAGGUUUCAUGUCUUUUGUACCUUUUAAGCUCUAUUACGCCUCAGAUCUUUGUUAUUGCUUAACCUGUGGACUUAAGUUCACUGGUAACCUGUAAAAAUGAUGAGAAUUUAAUUGAAUGUUUCAUUGAAUUGUGUGUGUGAAGGAGGAGACAGAAAGGGUUAAUACUAUUGCUGAGUCAUUGUAGAUCAGCUCGAUGUUUAUUAAAAUAUUAUAUCUAUUUAAACAUA